UUUCGUUUGUGUCAGAAUUGAAGUCCAGCGAGAGAGGGCAGUAAAUAAAAAAUAUGUGUCAGUAGCUGUCCGGCACCACAGUCAGCAAAACCGACCCGCAGUAACAGAAUCGAACGUUGUUGAGCAUCUCGCUCCCGCCGCGGCCCGGUGGCCAUUCGAGAAAUUAAAAAGACGUCGGAUUUUGUCUAGUUUCCUCCGCCGCGCCGUGACAGUGCAUCGUACGAAUACAUAAUCGGGUCGUCUCGUUCGUCCGUCAGUGACUGGCAGCGCGGCCAUGUUUGAGUGCACGGUUUCUGAAGCAGCGGAACGACGUUUUUCCGCAGUUCUCGCAGCGUUCGUAUCAAAGUGACACAAUUUUGACAUCUGCAGGACCUAAACGUCGUCGUCGAAGCCGACGGCAAACAAAGGAGGCGCAUAUUUUGUUGGCCUGCUGGGAUUGGCCCCAGCUGGGCGUUCGCGGCGGCCAAAUUCGGAAUAAAAGCAGGCGUUGGAUAUUUUUUCCUGCCCUGCCGACGAAAUUACGACGGAGCUCUACGCAACUGUACUGUGGUUACGGCUGCUAUAAUUGGGCUGGGCGGAAAGCAAGCAGCAUAACAUUCGUCAGUGCAACGGCGCAGGAGUAAUAUGAAGAAAAUAGUGCAACCCAUACGAAAGGUUUAUAGCGCUACUACGACAACGACAGUCCAACAUCCGCAGCAACAGCAUCAUCAACAGCAGCAGCAACAACAAAACACAAUGCAGAUGAACGCAGUGCGUAAAAUAAACAGCCUCCUGCAAAGUGGUGCCGUGAGUGUCACCGGGAUUCCUGGAAACCAACCGAGGAUGAUCCAGAAGAAGCCCAUCAAUAAUCAAACGAGCGUAUCGAUCACGACGACCAAUAGCUACGUUUCGAAGCAGCAAAAAUGUUACGUUUGUGGAGACAAUGCGGGCAUCAAUGCCACGCUUUUAACGGAAGCGUCAACUACCACUUCCCAAACCGAAUUCACGUCAAAGAUUGCAAAAAUUGUAGGCGAAGGCUACAUGGUCAUCAUCGGCACAGACGACGUCGUGUGUAGGAGGUGUAUCACACUGUUCAAUCAGAUGGACAAACUCGAAACAGAUCUCGAGCAUGUGCGGCAUACGUUAACGAAUUAUAUCCACAGAAAAUAUAACAUCCUAGAUGAUGACCCUGGAAUAGCCGCACCGCCCGCCAAGAUUCAAAAGCUCGGUACCUCGAGUACGACUUUGACCCAGUACAGUAUAAAAUCGAUUAACGACUCCGGACAGGACGUGAACGAACUUUCACGGAAAACCAACACGUCCGGUAUGUCGGAUAUGAACAAUAGUUCAAUGGAUAUUGAAAAUCAACUGUCGAACAUGUUCGAAAAACCACAACAACAAAUUGUAACGCAACAGUUACAGCCUCAACAACCCCAACAAAUACAGACCAUAAACAAUGGAGCCAAUAUAGUCAGCAGUACAGCUCAGCCGGUGCAGACAGCCACGAUCCGAAGGAACCCGAUUAAAAUGUACAAGUGCAUGUCCUGUGAUUUCAAAACGCAGGAUCUUACUCAAUUCCAACCUCACUACGAACAGUGUAAAGCCAACACUAGCCAGCAGCAGAUAGCGACUCCAACUGCUACUGCUACAACGACUACUUCAUCGGCGUAUCGCUGCAAGCUGUGCAAGAAGAUCUUCGCUUCUGUUGCUCUUCUGAAACAACACAAUGCCCAGGAGCACCAACACCCUGCUCAACAAGCGACCGAAAUCAAAAUCAUAGACCAGCAAAAUCCCGGAACGACGAUAACUCAGUUGUACGCCUGCAAUAUGUGCACGUACAAAACCCCCGACAAACAGAACUACGAUGAUCACCUUCGGAAACACAUCAAAUUGAAGCCGUUCAAAUGUCGGGUAUGCUUAAUGCGAUUCGAAACGCGCGAACAGGCCUCUGUACAUGCGAAGAACCAUCAACCGGAUUAUUUCAAGUGUGGCAUUUGUAACGUUACGUUCAAUAAGCGUGAGCUUCUGAUGAAACACUUGGAAACCCAUGAAAAUGUCAAGAAGCAUCCCUCCAUGCAAAAGCACACAACGAUCACAACGGUGCAGCAGUCUCAAUCCCAACAACAGCCUCAACAGCAGAUAUUACACCAGCAGCCUCCACUAUCGCAGAUCCACAUCAAGAAUGAGGUCCCUGUGGUUAACCAGGUGGCCGAUUCGUCGACUCAGAAACUGCUGCAGGCCUCAAUAGAUGAAGCGCUGCGAGAAACCAUAGGGGAAACGAUCGACGCCAAAUCAAUUCAAUUCCACUCUUGUAACACCUGCUCCCUGACAUUCCUCAACGAGAAGCUAUACAGUCAGCACAUGAAGAUGCACACCGGUCCGGGCGUGGGAAGCACCCAUGCACCGAUCAGCAGUAAUCAGACGAUCGGCGGAACCACCAUUUCCAAUAGUAAAAAGAUGAUCAACCAGCAUGCGGCUGCACUGAACAAUGGCGGCCAGGAGCUACAUGGAAAGCUCCUGACAUCGGGUACUACUUCUGCCACCGGCGGACUAACCACCAGCCAUAGCAACACCAUCUCCGAUGGCGAUCUCGAGAGCAUUUUCGAGAAAAUCCACUCGGACAAAAACGACAUCAACACCGGUGAUAAUCUGGUCAUCACUAGCCAGGACAAUGCUAGUGGUAACAUCACGUACAGCAUAACGCUGGCGCAGCAGGGUCAGGAUAGGGGAGCGGCAUCGGGACAGACGGCAACGUUCGUGCAGCAACAACAGUCCCAGCAACAAGCGGUGGAUGGCAUCGAAAGUAAAAUGGUUGUCCAGAAUCAAAUCCAACAACAAGCCUCUGUUGGCAUUGAUAUGCCCACGCUCGAUCAAGGCGAUGACCACCAUCAGCAGCAGCAACAACAUCAAGCGAAUCAAUCCCAGCUCAAGCAGGAACCUUUGAAUAUACCCGUCAGUAUGCCAAGCUUGGAAGAUGACGGCGAACAGUCACAAAACAGUCAAAAUUCCAAUGCCGAAGGUGUUCCGAUGGAGCUGGAAGGAAUGCAGGAUGCCGACGGACAGCAAAUUAAAUUUAUUCUCAAUGAAAACGGACAGCUGCUGCAGCUGGACAACCACAUACUGACCACGGAUGCCGAUGGAAAUCAAAUUUUGGUUCAGGGCACCGAUAGCGAGCAGAUUCAGCAACUGCUACAAAGUGUGGGCGUAGUUAUGCAGGGCGGUGAAGGUUUGGGUGAAGGGGAAACACUGCAGAUGAUUGGUGGCGAUGGGCAGACGGGACAAAUGAUUCUCGUCCAGGGUGCCGACGGACAGGAACAGUUGAUUGACGCCUCACUCCUGAAUGCCGACGGUAAUAUCGUCAUCCAGCAGUCGCAAGAAGGUGAACUCAACGCCGAGGGAACUCACAUAACCACACAAGAUGGGCUGCAAAUUCCGGUGUCGGUGGCGUUCGCUACCUCCGGUGAAGUAGACCAAGAGGGCAAUCUAACCGUAAUGGCUGGCGGCGAAGGCGGCGAACAGCACAUACAGCUGCAACUUCAACAGCAGGGCGAAGGCGAAGAGCAACACCAUAUCGAAGACGCCGACGGACAGCAAGCCAUCCUCACUGAAAGUGGUCACAUUAUUCUUCAAGCGCAGGAUCAGGUCGGCGAGCAGCAUCAAAAGCAUGACGCUUCGGAUGACAGCAGUCAAAAUGGAACCGUUAGUGCAGGUGUGGCUGGAAGCUCCACCACAGGAGGAAGUACGGCUGGGGCGACCAGUGCAGCAACAACGACCACUAAUCCACCCGAGCAAGAAAUGUUCAACUUUGAUGAACUUAUCCAACCGCAAGUGGUAAUAAAGCAACAGACGAAAGAAUCGAUAAAUGUGGAAGAGCGAAAACCGAUAGACACCGCCUCGGACAAUACUCAAAAUGCGGCUUCCGGAGACCCCAAAGAAACUAAAUAAAUGCCCAUAUCACAAGUCCAAAAUCUUACCACCAUUUCUUUGCACCGAACAAAACCAUAUUUUUGAUUACGAUUCAUUACAGCCAGCUUAGGAUACCCUGGAUGCGGAUAGUCUCUGUGCAGAGCAUAAACAGCAAACGGGCUUCGCCGUCAACCGUAACGCUCAUUAGAGGACAAUUAUCGUCUUAGAACAAGCAUUACGAUGCAUUGUAGCAUAACAAGCUUGUUUUGGUUCUAUGUUCAAUUCAAACUACGAAGCACUUUUUACGAUUGUACAUAAAUAAUGUUGUCCGUGCUCAUGAUAGAUGAAGCAUAAUUUGUAAAUAUUUAUAGCGUCUUCAUAUUUACUUUAAAAAUAAAAAAUAAAUAAAAGAGAUAAAUAAUUAGUAACUAAAAACUGUUUCAUAAUUGACUCAUUUUGGAAUUAUGCUUUAAGUUAAUUUGAUACUAAGUUUUAGGACAGAUUUGGAUCAUAGAAGAAAUGUUUUACAUACGUAGACAGCAGUUCGACUGUUUGCACAGAAUAAUUUGUGUCUACUAGUGAAAAAAAGACUUUUUUUUAUCCAGACUUAUGCUUUGACAGUAGUUUUGACGUAUUUGUUUUAAUUCAGCACCUAAGUGAUCAGCAAAAAUAGACAUAAAACACCUACACUAAAUAUUGCGCGAUAAAAUUUAUCUCGAAGUACUACACUUAUGCUAUUUUACAUUUCUAUUUGGUUCAUAAACAUAGAAUACAAUAUUCCCAUUAUUUUUAAGAUGGAUUAAGUACUAUGUGAAAGUAAAAAUAAAUCUUGAAACGAAGUGGUAGAUUUGCAAAAACCAA